CAUGUUCUGAAGUGUCGUUGGUAUUAGAAACACCAGAUUCCAUUCAUUCAUGGCCUGGCAGAGUACCUUGUCCUUUGUUGACAGUACAAAAUGGAUGAUACUUUUCUUAAUGUUAAUGUCACAACUGAGGAAUGUCACAGCUUGUCGGGGUCGAUGUUCCGACCAAGGCUGUGAUUCAGACAAGAGGUGCUACGAGUGUGCCGAACAGUGGUACGGUGAGGGCUGUGAUCAGCUUUGUCCAGCAUCUUGUUCUUUAACAUCCGUCAAGAUCAGCGAAUUCGAAUCCAAAAGCGUCAAAUUAUGUGAUAGACUUAAUGGCACAUGCAAGGAACCAUGUGCUGCAGGGAAGAAAGGCUCAAAAUGUGAAGAAGAUUGUAACAGCGGGUGCGAAUCAGGCCAAAUUGGGAUACACAGCGGGAAUUUCUGCAACCGGUACACGGGUGUGUGUGAGUUUGGAUGUAUAACUCAAUAUCAUGGAACAACAUGCGAUCAAAGGUGUAGUGAAGGAUGUAAAUAUCGACAUACAAGCAUAUACGGACACAUACAGAACUGUAGUUCCAUCACGGGUGAAUGUGAAAACGGGUGUAUGCCAGGAUGGUGCGGAAGAAAAUGCACAAACAAAUGUAGCGAACACUGCGUUGUCGAAUUCAGCCAUUAUUACAGCAAAAACAUACGCGAAUGUGAGUGUGAUGGUGAACGUGCUGGACGCUGCAAGAAUGGGUGUGAAGCUGGCUGGUACGGGGACAACUGUGAGUGCAUAGAGAAACUAGCCGGGUGUGACGUAAGAGGAUGUAAUAAAACAACUCGUGACUGUCUGGGCUGUCUGCCAGGGCUGUUUGGAACUAAUUGCAAGGAAUCGUGUUCAACAGGCUGUGUGGGAUGCGAUCGGAUCACGGGAGAAUGUCAGAAUUGUAAGCCUGGAUGGUAUGGAGCCAAGUGUACAUUGUCAUGUAGUUCCGACUGCUUCAACAACACUUGUGAGCAGGAAACCGGAAACUGUCUUCCAUGUCCUGAAGGCUAUUUUGGUCGCUGGUGUAACUUGACAUGCUCCAAAGACUGUGGCACACAGGGAUGCCAGCGUGAUAACGGAACGUGUUACCAAUGUCCCGAUGGGCGGUACGGCACGCGGUGUGAGCAUGCCUGUUCGGAAAAUUGUCAGGGAUCUGGAUGCGACAGAUUUACAGGCGCAUGCAUCUCGUGUCAGGAUGGAUAUACUGGUCUUACAUGUGCAUGUAGGGGCAACUGCAUGAAUGAUGAAUGUCCCGAAUCAAGGUGCGUGUCCUGUCAAACCGGAUUCUAUGACGAUAGUUGUGAUGUAAGGUGUUCAUCGCAUUGUGUCGACGAAGCAUGUGCUCGUUUGACUGGAGAAUGCCUCGCUGGAUGCGAGGAUGGUUGGUACGGUGACAAAUGUGAGUGUGUUGGAUUUUGUGAUACAAGUGGGUGUGAUAAAGAAACUAAGUACUGUUUGGGAUGUCAAUCUGGAUGGCAUGGACUUUAUUGUAAUUCAUCUUGUCCCUCUAAUUGUGGUGAAAAUGGGUGCAACAUGUUCAGUGGACAAUGCCAUUUCUGUAAAGAAGGGUAUUACGGAUCCACGUGUUCAUGUACGGGAGAGUGCGCCCAAUCCGGCUGUUCGUCCGACGGAACUUGUCUAGAAUGCUCUCCUGGAUUUCACGGAAAACAAUGCAGACAGGAAUGUCCUGCAAACUGUUACGAAACCACUUGCGUUCGUGAGAGCGGAGUAUGUAACGAAUGUAAAACAAGAUAUUUUGGAGAAAAAUGUCAGUCGUUUUGUCCCCAACACUGCAGGGAUCAUUCCUGCAUUCAGUCAUCUGGUGAAUGUGAAAACUGUUCUCCAGGUUACUACGGUGUCACGUGUGAGCAGAAAUGUCCUUUGCACUGUCUUGACGAUGAGUGUAACCAGUCGACAGGGAUGUGUAGUAAGGGCUGUAAGCCAGGCCGGUUUGGGGACCAGUGUGUGUGUACAGGGCACUGCGGAGAUAAGGGAUGCAACUUAAAUGGAACGUGUACUGAAUGUGCUGUCGGUUGGUUUGGAAGUGAUUGUUCUGUUGCCUGUCCAUCAAAUUGUGCAGAUACUUGUGGCCGAAUGACCGGGGUGUGUGACGCUUGCAAAGAAGGAUUUUAUAUGGCUAACUGUUCUUCUCGGUGCUCUGAAAACUGUAAUGGCCCUUGUGAAAAAAAUAACGGGACCUGCGCAUCUUGUAAACCAGGCUGGUCUGGUGCGAAGUGCGAGUGCACUGGCUACUGUGACAGAAACGGAUGUAGCAAAGGCGGACGCUGUUUUAAUUGUUUGGGUGGUUACUUUGAAACAAACUGUUUACGACCCUGUUCUCAGUACUGUCUGAACUCGAAGUGUGCCCGACACACCGGUAAUUGUCUAAACUGUCCCAUCGGCAGAUACGGGGAUAAGUGUGAUUGCACAGGUCACUGUGAAAAUGAUUCAUGCUCAUCAGAGGGUCGUUGUUAUAAAUGUGCCAAAAGUUGGUCAGGUCCGAACUGUACCACUAAAUGCCCUCAGAAUUGUGCUGACAACUCGUGUGAUCAGCAUACCGGCACAUGUCUUGGCUGUAAGACAGGUUGGUAUGGUCCCACAUGCGAGUGUUCCGGAAAUUGUGACAAAGCGGGUUGUAACCAGGAAGGAGUAUGUCAUACUUGUAAGACAGGGUUCCAUGACGAACUUUGUUUGUCCAUUUGUCCAACAGUUUGCGGUGACAAAGGAUGCAACCGUCGUAAUCCGCAACAAUGUAACUGUGCAGAAGGCUGGUUCGGUGCCACUUGUGACUGUUCCGGUCACUGUGGUGAGGACGGAUGUAACUCCACAGGCGGGUGUUACAAAUGCGAAGGCGGAUGGAGAGGAGCUCUUUGUACAAAACGUUGUCCGAAACACUGUAACGAAAACAUCUGCAAACGGAAUGGACGGUGUCAUGCAUGUGAGAACGGAUGGUACGGUCCUCGGUGUAAAUGCCGUGGUCAUUGUCAGGUCAAGGACGAAUGUAACAAAUCGACGGGAAUAUGUUCGGAAUGUGCACCUGGAUGGUUCGGAGAACUUUGUGACCAGUCAUGUCCUCGGAAUUGCAGUGGGUCUGGUUGCCAUAGACACAGUGGUAAAUGUUACGGCUGCCAGAAACACUGGUACGGUGAGACAUGCGAGUGUACUGGCCACUGUGAUAAAACUGGCUGUAACAAAGUCACAGGACGAUGUCAUCAAUGCGAAAACGGAUUCUAUGACAAGUUUUGUCUUUCGGCAUGCCCUACAAACUGUGAUGCCUCGGAAUGUAAUAGAACCUCCGGUGAUUGUUUAGUCUGUAAGGCAGAUUGGACAGGGUCAAAGUGCGAGUGUCGAGGUCCAUGUGAUGCUGGUGGAUGUGAUACUACAUCCGCCCGUUGUCACAAUUGCGCACCUGGUUACUUCGGAGAUCACUGCGACGUGCCUUGUGGUGAAAACUGUACGUUGUGUGAUAGACGGUGGGGAAUUUGUCGUGUUUGUACGGACGGAACGUUCGGAUUGAACUGUACAAAAUUUUGUCCAGAGGAAUGCGUCGGUGCAUGUACCUUUACUAACGGUGAUUGCGUACAAUGUGAGAAAGGCAAAAUGGGCAAACAUUGUACUAAAAACUGCAGCAGUAAUUGUUACGAUAAUUUGUGUUCGAUCAAUGGGACCUGCCGGUAUGGCUGUAUCAGCGGCUGGGAUGGUUACAGCUGUGAGUUACAAAAAGAUGAGCAGACGGUCACGUUUGGAAUGUUUUGGAUUGUCGUGGUUGGAGUUGCUUCCCUUAUAGGAGUCGUACUGCUGGUAGUUCUUCUCUCCUGUAUUCUGAAGCGGAAGAGGACGUCUGAUCAAAGUGUUGACUACGCUAACAACGCGUCAAAACCUACAAAACGGAAGCAAAGAAACUGGGGGACGAUCGUACGGCGGACAGACACUCCCAGACCAGGACUCCGCCCAAUGACUGUUCACGUGGCUAACGUCGGGAACCCUGCAGUAUAACAAUUUGUUUUGUACCUCGCAACGGUACCAUUUUAUCCACCAUGCAUCCUGCCUGCUUGGUUUGCUUGACGUGGCUACAUAGUUUGCCUUGUCCGUAGUUGUAGCGUAUUUAUACCUGGUUUUUGUUUUGUUUCCGUUUCAGCCGUUUCAGAACGUUAUGUUAUGGAGUAGAACAGAUGGCCGUGUAGCUGAUGAUGCGGUCUAUACCCACCGAACAGUCGAUUAAAAAUCACUAUGAGAAACUGAGAGUGAGAAAACGUGUGUGUGUGUGUGUGUGUGUGUGUGUGUGUGUGUGUGUGUGC